CUCUGUUUCUCCUGAGGUGGUCAAGAGCGACUCUGUUUCUCCUCGGAGAGAAGAGGACAAAAAGGCUUCAUCAAAUGAGCACAGAAACAUUUAGAAGUUGUGUGAAGUUCUCCUGAUUUCAACAAAAAGACGACUUCCUUUUGAGCUACAAGAUCCACCAACAGAAUGACCUUCACAUGUGACCAGUGUGGAAAAGUGUUGGCAAAUGCUUCUGAACUGAAAAAACACUACAGAACUCACACAGGAGAAAGACCAUACGAGUGUGAUCAGUGUGGGACGGGAUUCAAACGAUCAAAUCAUCUUCAUCGACAUAUGAGAAUCCACACAGGAGAGAAACCGUACGAGUGUGACCAGUGUGGGAUCCAAUUUAGACACUCUAGUCAUCUCCAUCGGCAUAUGAGAAUCCACACAGGGGUAAAACCUUACACGUGUGAUGUUUGUGAGAAGACAUUUUCACGGUCAGGCACCUUAAAAUCACAUAUGAGAGUCCACACUGGAGAGAAACCAUUUGAAUGUGACGUUUGUGAGAAGACAUUUUCACGGUCAGGCACCUUAAAAUCACAUAUGAGAAUCCACACAGGAGAGAAACCGUAUGAGUGUGACCAGUGUGGGGUCCAGUUUAGACAGCCUAGUGCCCUCCAUCAACAUAUAAGAAUCCACACAGGGGUAAAACCACACAGAUGUGAUGUUUGUGAGAAGACAUUUUCACAGUCAGGCAAAUUAGAAUCACAUAUGAGAGUCCACACUGGAGAGAAACCCUACAGAUGUGAUGUUUGUGAGAAGACAUUUUCAGAUUCAGGCACCUUAAAAUUACAUAUGAGAGUCCACACUGGAGAGAAACCGUAUGAGUGUGACCAGUGUGGGGUCCAGUUUAGACAGUCUAGUGCCCUCCAUCAACAUAUGAGAAUACACACAGGGGUAAAACCAUACAGAUGUGAUGUUUGUGAGAAGACAUUUUCACUGUCAGGCGACCUAAAAUCACAUAGGAGAGUCCACACUGGAGAGAAACCGUACGAGUGUGACCAGUGUGGGAUAAGAUUUAGAGACUCAAGUACCCUCCAUAAACAUAAGACAAUCCACACAGGGGUAAAACCACACAAAUGUGAUGUUUGUGAGAAGACAUUUUCACGGUCAGGCUCCCUAAAAUCACACAUGAGAGUCCACACUGGAGAGAAACCAUACAGAUGUGAUUUUUGUGAGAAGACAUUUUCACACUCAGGCUCCCUAAAAUCACAUAUGAGAAUCCACACUGGAGAGAAACCGUACAGAUGUGACCAGUGUGAGAAAACUUUCUCUCGAUCUUCCAGUCUCAAUACACACAUGAGAGUUCACUUCUGGCACAGACUAUACGAGUGUGACCAGUGUGAAAAGUUCUUCAGAACAUCCCAGGAACUGUCCAGUCACUACCGAACGCACACAGGAGACGAACCAGACGACUGAAGAAAGAGGGAAGGAUUUGGGGUCUGUGGGGAAAGGAGAAAGAGCUGCUGAGGCCGGAUCAAGUGAGCCUAAAGUCAGACUCAAGAAGCUGGAGAUCAGGCUUCAGAGACUCCAGACUGUGGAGUUGGCCGAUGUGUAGUGUCAAAAAUACAAGUGUUAAAUGACACGUUAAGAUGUUUUUCUUUCCAUCCAUGUUUGUUCAUCUGUUCUUUGUUGUAUUGUUUUUAAACUUUGUGCGUUUAGUCUUGUUUGACUGCACUUCCUGAAAUUAAAAUUCCAGUUCCCUUAAUUAAAAUAUUAAAAUGAGAAAAUAAAAUCUGUGUUUUUGUU